AUGAGGUGCUGCGUUCCUUACUGCAAGAAUGAUUCAAGACAUAUCUCUAAAUCUCAGGGGAUUACGUUUCAUGUUUUCCCAAAUGAGCCAUCAUUACGUACAGCCUGGUUGAAGGCGCUGGCUAAAGAAGACUGGGAACCCAGAGAACGUAGUGCGGUUUGUUCUGAGCACUUUCUCUGUGAGGAUUUGUAUGAGACCAAGAGUGGGCUGAGGAAAGUGCGAGUUGGAGCCGUGCCACUAAUACUGCAGGAUUCAGUAAAUAUGUGUGACUAUGGAGAGCCUGCUAGUUUGAAGGUUUGCAGAAUUUGCUUAGCAAUGGACUCAAAGUUAUUCCCUAUCACAAUUUACAAGUUGGAACAAGCGUAUGAACAUUUAACUGGAAUAUCGCUGCAAGCCGAGGACCGCCUACCGCAGAAGCUGUGCGUGGAGUGCGCGCAGAGGCUGUUGAACUGCAGUCGCUUUAGGUAUAGAACAUUGCGAGCCAAUUCCCUCAUGAUGGAGAUAGUGAAGAAACAGCAUAACCUUACUAUCCACAAUAUUAAAACAAUUAAUCGGGAAAACAACCAUCUUAAAUCACCACUGUCACCAAAACAUUUUACCCCAGACCAUUGCGAUAGUUAUUUCGAAGAAAACUUAGAAAAUUCACCUGUUUUACAAGAUGAAGGUGAAGAAAAAGAUCCAACCCCACCAGAAAACGUGGACGUAGAAAUAAAACAAGAGAACGAUAUAUUUAUGACUGAAGAAGACGUCGGGAAACAAGAGAAUGAGACGGGAGAAGAAAUUGAAAAGAACAGCGGCAAUGACAGUGCAGAUGAUUUCGACAGAGAUUUUGUUAUAGCAACCGAUCAAAAUUAUUCAUCAGAUGAUAGUUUACCAUUACAGAAGUGCAAAGCCAAGAAGUUAAAAAAGAAAAAAGAAGUUAAAGUUAAGAAGCCGAUGAAGCGAGUGAAGAAAGUGAAAGAGCCAGCUGAACCGAAGAUUGAUCGGCGGAGAAAACCGUUUUUGAAUGAUGAUUUGAAUGAGACUCUUUUCACUAUUACUGAUUUGAGUUUUGACGAACAAAUAGCUGAAAUAGUGAAGAGACAGGAGAGUUCUAAUUAUAAGAAUGCUGUGUUUAAGUGUACGGCGUGCUUUAAAGGGUUCCUGGACGAAGACGCAUAUAACAGUCAUGUAAUUAGGCAUACUAAUCAAUCCGGUGAGCAUGAGUGCGAAAUUUGCAAAACUCACUUCAAACACCCGCACGCUCUGAGGAAGCACAUCACGGCGCACCACACGCAACGGUUCAGCUGUAAGCAGUGCACCUACGUCACCACGCACAGGCAGACGGCUAGGCUACACGAGAGAUGGCACAAUGGCACUAAGUACAGUUGUCCACAUUGUCACCACGAGUUCCUUAAAUUUACAACAUACAUGGGCCACAUACGAAUCAAACACCCCUCAGACUUCGUGUGCGAAAUAUGCGGGUACUCGUUCGUCAGUGCGAAAGGGAUAGAAUUACACAAGAAACUAAAGCACAGAUUAGAUAAUGUUCAGGUACCGGAAGAUGGUCCCUUCUGCGAGUUGUGCAACGUGCGGUUCGUGUCUGCCGAAGCUCACAAACGACAUCUGAGCGUGUCCGCGAGACACAACACAGGCACAGAUAAGGAUGGCCAGGAAUCAAACAAACCGAAGAAGGGGAGAAAAACAAAAGAGUCGAAAGAGAUGGAAAGGAGAUCAAGGGAGAUAGAGAAAGAGACAGAGGACAAGAAAAAGAUGUAUCCAAUUCAAAUGAGGAAAGCCGAGGGACCUAAUACCUUUUCUGUCAAUAAUACUUUUUUUCCUCAGUGCGGCCUCCAGUUAGAAGACUCCAGAGCUUACCACAGCCACUUCAGGCGGGUGCAUCCGGAUAAGAAUCGAACCAACUACCCUUCGAUGAAGUCGCCUUGCAUGUGUGAGGUGUGCGGCAGAAUGUUUCAGAGCUACGCGCUGCUGAAGGACCACACGUGGACCCACACGGGCGAGCGGCCCUUCAAGUGCGACAGUUGCGGCAAGGCCUUCCGCAUGAAGCAGCGCCUCGUGGCCCACCGCAGGGUCCACAGCCAGGUCCGCGCCAGCUACGGCUGCGGCCUCUGCGGGAAGCACUUCAGCACGCACAGCAACCGCCAGCGACACAUGUUUAUCCACACGGGUUUGAAGCCGUUCAAAUGUGAAAUGUGCGGGAAAGGGUUCAAACACGCGAGCGAAAAGAGAGCUCACAUCACGUACGUGCAUCUGAAGAAGCCGUGGCCGAAGCGAGCCAGAGGGAAGAGGAGAUCUGACACCAGACAGGGUCAGUUGGCUCCUCACCAAAGUCAAGCAGACGAGAUGGAUCUCUCAACACCAAUAUGGCCCCAGUGCGACCCCAAACUUGGCGACAUCAAUGACAUGAUCGUCGAUAAACCUCCUGCUCUUCCAGAUAACCCUUUUGCUUUUUCUGCCUCUGCCAUUCGUUUCUCGGUCUAUUGUUACCCUUGCGCAACGCCUCCAAGCCUGGAGACUAUCAUUCAUAUCUUCUUGCAGUCCUGCCUUCCUCACGCAAUCCCAAACAUUACUCAGCCGCACGCACCACCACUAAUCCAUUCUUCUAACAUUCUUGCCGGUCCUGGUCUUGCCACCCCACUGUCCUGGAACAAAACAGGUAGAAGAUUGGGCGGUGGUGCGAUUCAAAAGCCUCCUCGACGACUCCCAAGACCCACGUCCUCACUCCGUGUCGACAUGGUGACGUCCAUGUUGGACUCCGGGUCCUUCGAGCAGAAGUUAUGGGGCUGUCCUGAUAUGUUAUCGCCUCCAUAUCCUCGCGACGGGUUUCCCGUCCUCUCCCUGACAGGUGGGACUUCGUCGUUCGCUCUCGUCUGA